GAAGUGACACGGAAGCUAAUGAUGACGUCAUGCACAGCUCCCACUGUACUUUCACAAGUCCCCAGCAACGUGUUAGAUCUAAUCUCUGCUUAUAUUUCUCAUUCUUUUCCAUUGCUGCUCUUCACUCCAAUUCUCAUACUUUUUAUUCCCAUUUCUAUCAAAUUCGAGAGCUUUUUGUAUCUGGGUUCGUUUAAAUUUGAUCAAAUUGAAUGUAAUAGUACUGAGUGGGGUGAAUAAUGUAGAGCUCGUUUGAUGGUGGAGUUUGGUAAAGCAAAGAUGGAACAGUCAUGGUUCCUGCCAAGGCCAAGGAGAAUUAACAGAAAUGUAUGGUUAAACAUUCAAAAAUCAAUGGGUGUCCUCGUGGGUGGGAAUCACACUUCUUCCAGGUUUUGUACUCGUUAGAAAUCUUAUUUUUUUCUUGUUGGUUGGCUUAAAUCUCUCUUUGCUUCUAUAAAGUGUUCAUCUUUUCUGGAUACUGAUAAUACCCAUUGCUUGAAAUCCUCUGUUUUGGUGAUUUGAAAUGGAUUUGAAGACCUUGAGAAACCAGAUCCUUGGUGGGUCUAUAGCCAGGCGUUUGCUUUUACGUGUAUUUAUGCUUGCCUCGGCUCUGUCUAUUGUUCCUUUGGUUCAAAUGUUAACAGGUUACGACCCUGUAUUGCUUGAUUCUGUGAGCUUUCAUGAAUGUGAUGUGCCUUUUACUAUUAAGGGCACUAAUUUGUUUCAGAAUCGGUUUUUGAAACCUAUUUGGAACUCAUUUGAGUGUAAGGAAGAUGUCAAUUUGACUGCUGAGGUUGUUCGAGAGCUUAUGAGUAAGCAAGUGCUGUUGAAUUAUAGUGCUAAAGCUCUCUGUGUUGGUGAGAAAUCGCCUUCUGCGAUGUAUGCGUUGCGAGAAUUGGGAUUUGUUAAUGUUUGUGGAGCUCAUAGGCACCCUUUUUUCUCGCUUAAGCAUAGGAAGCUCGUUUACGAGCUUCAGUAUGCAGACAAUUCGUUUGAUUUUGUGCUGUCUAGGGACCUUGAUGAUGUUUCAGUCCCUGCUAUGCUUGUGCUCGAGAUUGAGCGUGUGUUGAGUCCCGGUGGAGUUGGGGCUAUGCUUGUUGGCCUUAGCGGUUCGAAUCCGAAUGGAUUAAUCAGGUCUGCUACGCCUGUUUCAUCGUUGUUGAAAGCUUCCGAUGUUGUGCAUGUUGGUUAUGUUCAGGGGUACACAUUGGUUGUGUUCAAGAAAAGAAUUGAAAAGAUCGGUUACUUUGAGCGAUUUGUCCUGCCGGAUAAUUGUCAAUCUGUUGUUAAUAACAGACCCUUUAUGGAACUUAUGGAGCCACUUAUGGAGAGUAAGCAGGUAGGAUUUGAGAAAAAUAUCGCAUAUUUGCCUAAUUAUUUUGAUGUGGCUUCUAGGAAGAGGUUAGUGUAUAUUGAAAUCGGGGCAGCUGAGCGUCUCGACUCAAAUGUUUCGAAUUGGUUCUUGCCAUCUUAUCCUGUGGAUCACAGUGCAUUCAAUAUUUAUUUUGUCGAUCACAAUACGUCAAUCCUGCUGUCUUGCGUGAAAAAACCCGGUGUUACCUUCAUUUACUAUCCAGGCCUAGCUGGAGGAAAGAACAACACCAAUGCUUCAAAUUACGAGUUUGAAGAAUCAGAUCCAUUGUUAGAAGACGAAGAAUUCGAUUUCCUUGCCUGGUUUAGAGAAACCGUCGAGCCUGCAGAUUUUGUGGUACUAAAGAUGAAAGCCGCCGAGGCAGAAUUGAAAUUCCUGAGCGACUUAUUCGGAAGUGGAGCUAUUUGCUUAGUCGACGAGCUAUUUCUCAGCUGUCCAGAUCAUUUCGACGGCAAUGGUGCAACAAGCAAAAACUGCAUGGAUCUGUUCAAGAGCCUUAGAAGCAGUGGAGUGUAUGUUCACCAAUGGUGGGGUGAUUAAACCACCGAAUUUGCUUUUAAGUUCAUCUGUGUUUGGUUUGUGAUGCUACUGUUAUUGUCGUUGCUUUUGUAUUGUUGUUUUUGUGUGGUGAUGUUCAAGUUACCAAGUUGUCAUGUAAGGAUGCAGUUAAGACAUCCAGAGUUGCUUUCUGGUUGGGCACUUAUGGUUAAAUAAGCAAUCAGUUGUUGUGUUGAAUGUUAUUCAAUAAAUCUGUUUUGUGCUAUAAA